AGAAUGGACAAAGGAAACUGUUCUGUAACUGAGUUCCUUCUUUUAGGAAUUACCAAUGACCCUGACAUAAAAGUGGUUCUAUUCAUUGUGUUUCUAGGUGUUUAUCUCACUAUUCUGCUAACAAAUAUUGGCAUGAUCAUUUUGAUCAGAAUGGAUCGUCAGCUCCACACACCCAUGUACUUUUUCCUCAGCCAGCUCUCUUUCUCUGAUCUCUGCUACUCCACUGCGGUUGGGCCCAAGAUGCUAGUGGACUUGCUGGCCAGGAACAAUUCUAUUCCAUUUGCUGGCUGUGCUCUGCAACUCUUAAUUGUCUGUGUCUUUAUAGACAUUGAGUGCAUGCUGCUGGCAGUGAUGGCCUUUGACCGCUACCAGGCCAUCAGCAACCCUUUGCUGUACACAGUGAAGAUGUCCACCAGGGUGUGCUCUCAAUUUUCACUUGGAAUUUUUCUAGUGGCAACUAUUGAUGGUUUGAUACAUACAACAUUGGCAUUUUGCUUAUGUUUCUGUGGGUCUAAUGAAAUUCAUCAUUUCUUCUGUGAUUUACCCCCACUUUUGCUCCUUUCCUGUUCUGACACACAAGUGAAUGAGCUGGUGUUAUUCACACUUUAUGGUUUCAUUGAACUGAGCACUAUUUCCGGAGUUCUUUUCUCCUAUUGUUACAUCAUCUCAUCAGUCCUAAAGAUCCGCUCUGCUGGAGGGCAAUACAAAGCUUUCUCCACCUGUGCAUCUCACUUAACUGCAGUUGUGAUUUUCCAGGGCACAAUUCUCUUCAUGUAUUUCAGGCCAAGUUCUGCUUACUCUCUAGACCAAGACAAAAUGACAUCACUUUUUUAUCUCCUUAUCAUUCCCAUGAUGAACCCUCUCAUUUACAGUCUACGUAACAAGGAUGUGAACAAUUCCUUGACAAAACUAAGGAAUAAAGGGUGGUUAUAA